UUGAAAAAGUUUGAAUAGUAGUAGUAAUACUUUGAAUAGAUCUCCCUCUACUCUUUUCUUAAAGCGCUCUCUCUCUCUGUAUCUCUUCCUUCAAAUUUAUCCUACUCUGUGCCCCCACCCCCACCCCCACCCCCAAUCCUUAAAAUGGGGGCGUACAGAGCGGACGACGACUACGAUUACUUGUUCAAGGUGGUUCUAAUCGGUGAUUCCGGUGUUGGAAAAUCGAACCUUCUGUCCAGAUUCAGUCGUAAUGAGUUCAGCCUGGAGUCAAAGUCCACCAUCGGCGUUGAGUUCGCCACUCGCAGCAUUCGCGUCGAAGAUAAGGUCGUUAAGGCUCAGAUUUGGGACACCGCCGGUCAAGAACGAUAUCGUGCAAUUACGAGUGCCUACUAUCGAGGAGCUGUUGGUGCAUUGCUGGUUUAUGACGUCACUCGUCAUGUGACUUUUGAGAAUGUGGAGAGGUGGCUAAAGGAGCUCAGAGAUCAUACUGACUCAAACAUUGUGAUAAUGCUUGUGGGGAAUAAGGCAGAUUUGCGUCACUUACGGGCUGUUUCCACCGAGGAUGCCAAAGCAUUUGCUGAGAAGGAGAGUACUUUUUUCAUGGAAACAUCUGCUCUGGAGUCCAUGAAUGUGGAAAAUGCCUUCACAGAAGUGCUCACUCAAAUAUACCGUGUCGUGAGCAGGAAAGCUCUUGAAGCAGGAGAUGACCCGGCAGCAUUGCCCAAGGGGCAGACAAUCAAUGUUGGAAAUAAGGAUGAUGUUUCAGCAGUAAAGAAAGUUGGGUGCUGUUCUGCUUAAUACAAGGACUAAUCUAUAUGUUGGAGGAUGGUUCUUUCUUCUUUUUGAGUUCAAAUUAUCAUGUGGCAGUGGUAUUUCUCCUUUUUCUGUACAAGGAAUUAACCACAUGAAUUGCUUAGCCGUGAAAGCUCUAGUUUACUGGUGCUCAAGCCGGGAUUUGAGCUACAGGCCCCUUCGAGUGAUUCCUCAGCAUUCUUUAUCCUUGUUUCUAUAUUGUUUUAGGUUAGUGUAUGAUUGUAGUAUAGCUUCUUAUGAAUCUCUAGGAAUAGGAUGUAUUCGAUUGCAAAGAUUGAACUGAAGCAUGUUUGAACAGAUUAUUUCGCGUGUGUACACUGUACACUAUUGUUUCACUAGUCAUUGUAGACUAAGGAAUAUUUGAUCAAUUUCUCAGGGUAUCUGAAAUGCCAAUUCAUUAUUUCUAUUU